AUGACUGACGAGGCCUCGUGGGGCGCCGCCCUAGAAGAGUCUUCUGAAGGCAGCAGCAGCAGCAGCAGCAGCAGCAGCAAAAGCAGCAGCAGCAGCAGCAGCAAGGACUGGGGGCUCCCCCGAAGCCACCACGACGCAAUCCUGUCGCUGCGCGCCCUGUUGAAACCCUCCCAGCAGCAGCAGCAGCAGCAGCAAUCGCAGCAGCAGUAG